AUGGCGGAGUACGAUCUCACCACCAAGAUCGCUCACUUUCUGGACCGACACCUGGUCUUCCCGCUGCUGGAGUUCCUCUCAGUGAAAGAGAUUUACAAUGAAAAAGAACUCCUUCAGGGCAAGUUGGACUUGCUCAGUGACACCAACAUGGUGGACUUUGCAAUGGAUGUGUAUAAGAACUUGUAUCCAGACAAGGAGAUUCCUCAUGCUCUCAGAGAGAAGAGAACCACAGUUGUUGCACAGUUGAAACAGCUGCAAGCCGAAACAGAACCCAUUGUAAAGAUGUUCGAAGAUCCUGAAACAACAAGGCAGAUGCAGUCUACUAGGGAUGGAAGGAUGCUGUUUGACCAUCUUGCUGAUAAACAUGGGUUUAGGCAGGAGUACUUGGACACCUUGUACAGAUAUGCAAAGUUCCAGUAUGAGUGCGGAAACUACUCUGGGGCAGCCGAGUACUUGUACUUUUUCAGAGUGUUGGUUCCUUCAACAGACAGAAAUGCUCUCAGUUCUCUUUGGGGAAAACUGGCUUCAGAAAUUUUGAUGCAGAAUUGGGAUGCCGCUAUGGAAGAUCUCACACGACUCAAAGAAACAAUAGAUAACAAUUCCGUCAGCUCUCCACUUCAGUCUCUGCAGCACAGAACCUGGCUCAUUCACUGGUCGCUUUUUGUGUUCUUCAACCAUCCCAAGGGGAGAGACACAACAUCAUUGACCUUUUCCUUUACCAGCCUCAGUACCUAAAUGCCAUUCAGACUAUGUGCCCACAUAUCCUUCGGUACCUGACCACAGCCGUCAUCACCAACAAAGAUGUGAGAAAGAGACGUCAAGUUCUGAAAGAUUUGGUUAAAGUAAUUCAGCAAGAAUCCUACACCUACAAGGAUCCAAUAACUGAAUUUGUUGAGUGUUUAUAUGUGAAUUUUGACUUUGAUGGGGCGCAGAAGAAGUUAAGAGAGUGCGAGUCGGUGCUGGUGAAUGAUUUCUUUCUUGUGGCCUGCCUAGAAGAUUUUAUUGAAAACGCCAGACUUUUUAUAUUUGAGACAUUCUGCCGUAUCCACCAAUGUAUAAGUAUCAGCAUGUUGGCUGAUAAAUUGAAUAUGAGCCCUGAAGAAGCUGAAAGGUGGAUAGUCAAUUUAAUUCGCAAUGCCAGACUGGAUGCAAAGAUUGACUCUAAAUUGGGUCACGUUGUAAUGGGAAAUAAUGCCGUAUCACCUUAUCAACAAGUCAUAGAGAAGACAAAGAGUCUUGCUUUCCGCAGUCAGAUGUUGGCAAUGAACAUAGAGAAGAAGAUGAACCAGAACACCAGGAGUGAGGUAAAGAGAGUGGAUUAUAUAUGUCAAUUAACUAUAUAUAACCUUGCCUUCACAAAGGGAAGGUAG